AUGAUAACUGUUUUGUUUUCUUGCUCCCAAUAUUGGCUCAUCACGAGUUUGUUACGCAAAUGCUUACUCACUUCAAUUCAGGUGAAACGUCAAGGACGACAAAUGAGGCGAAAAAUUCACAUGCAACUGAUGGAUAUGAUCAAAACAUCGAAUCCCAGUCGCAAUUCCAGUUCAUCCAGUGUCCCAAUGCGGUCGUUGGAUCUUGCACUAUUCCCGACCGGUGAUCAGAAUGCUUCUCCGCAACCAAAACACGAGAUUGUACAAAAUAUUGAACGAUUUCUCGAACUUGAUUGCUAUCCGACGAAGUUCAGUUCUGGAGGAGAUAAUGAUCUGAGUGAAACCAGCUAUCAGAGCUCCGACUGGUGUGAUCGACUUCCUGCAGUUGCAGAAGAUUUAGGCUACCAACCCAAAUUGUUCCCCACCGAAUGCAUUUUGGAUGAUGUUCCAUCCCAUGCUGGAGAUGAAAUUCGAUUAUCCCUUAACCUGGCUCUUUUCAAUUAUUAUCAGCUUUCCUCCAAGGCCGGUGAAGUUUUGCCUCGAACAGCCAGUGAAGAAGCUCGACUGGAAAUGUUGUUGGAAAACGAAGAUGAGGUGAACGACAACCCGUUUGGAUUUCAGACCCUGUGUGCAGCCCUGUGGUGUGCAGAACGGGAAGUCAAGUGUAUGGGGAAGGAGUCUGAACAGGUGUGUUUAUACAUGUGUGAACCAAUUUACCAAUGA